AUGAGGGCCACGUUCUGCUCAUCACUGCGGGCCCUGGCCAAUCCCGCCCUGGUGGUCCGACAAACACCUAAAGCCUCAAUCGUCAAUACCUCGUUCGGUCUAGCUCGAAGCGCCGCCUUUCACACUUCAUAUCCGUCGCGCACAGCCUUUACGAAGCCAUGUACUUCACGAUUGCCUAAACGGAACAUCUUUGCUGCGCCACCAUGUCGCAGCUUUGCCACGACAGCGAGGAGUCUGUUGUCCGAGGAGGAAAAACAGGCAGCGCACAAGCUCUCCCGAACCCCCCGUCGGAGAGUAUUCAGACUAUUCCUUAAUCUCGGUAUUGGUGCUCUGGCCGUCUGGGUGUGGUGGGAUUAUCUCGAGCAUCCGUACGAAGCUGCCAAACGAAGUGGUCGCGUGGUAGGCACAUUAGCAGUCUGCAUUAAUGAUUAUCGUGUUACUCUCAAACAAGAAUUCCCCACCCCCGAAGACCGCAAUGCCAGCAUUCGCGCCUGCCACAAGCGCUGCGCAGAGCGCACCCUUCGUGUACUCGAAAAAAACGGAUCGAUCUUCAUCAAGUUGGGUCAGCAUCUCAGCAGCAUGGGCUACCUUCUCCCAGUUGAAUGGACCACGACCUUCAUCCCGCUCCAAGACAAGUGCCCGGUGUCUUCUAUCGAGUCGAUUCGCAAGAUGUUCAUUAAGGAUACCGGCCAAACAAUCGAUGAGCUGUUUAGCUCAUUCGACCCGGAGCCAAUUGGCGCCGCUUCGCUCGCCCAGGUGCAUCUCGCUACGCUGAAAGAAACAGGUCAAAAGGUUGCAGUCAAGGUCCAACACCCUGCGCUCGCCGAAUGGGUACCACUUGACCUUGGAUUAACACGGUUCACUUUCUCAAUGCUUAAAUGGUUCUUCCCGGAAUACGAUCUGGAGUGGUUGUCUCGUGAAAUGGAUCUGUCUCUACCAGUGGAAUUGGAUUUCCGGAUGGAAGCUCAAAACGCGACCGAAGCCAGCGAGUAUUUCAAGAAGCACUCCGAUGCUCCUUUGGUAAUCCCAGAAGUUAUGUGGUCGCAAAGGCGCAUCCUUGUAAUGGAAUGCAUCUCCGGCAGCCGACCCGACGACCUCGCAUUCCUAGAUGCGAAUAACAUCGACCGCGACGAAGUUUCCGCAGCUUUCGCGCAUAUCUUUAACGAAAUGAUCUUUGGCGACGAGGCUCCUCUACACUGUGACCCGCACGGUGGUAACAUUGCCAUUCGUCCCAACCCCGACCGCCGUCACCCGAACUUCGACAUUAUCUUAUAUGACCAUGGACUGUAUCGUAACAUUCCGCGCGAGUUGCGCCGGAACUACGCUAAGCUUUGGCUCGCUGUCAUGGAUGCCGAUGUUCCCCGGAUGCGCGAAUAUGCUUAUAAAGUAGCCGGUGUUACAGAUGAGCAGUUCCCACUCUUCGCUAGUGCCAUCACCGGUCGCGACUAUCGUGUUUUGACGAAGAACAUUGUUUCUUCUCGCAAUGAAGGUGAGAAGAAGCACAUGUCUCAAGCUUUAGGCGAGGGUAUGCUUCAGCAGCUUGUGGUGUUGUUGGGUCAGGUACCGCGAAUCAUUCUUCUCAUUCUCAAGACGAAUGAUCUUACCCGCAGCCUUGAUGAGAACCUGCACACUCGCCAGGGCCCCAUGCGCACAUUCCUGAUCCUGGCACGCUAUGCUACGCGCACUGUCUUCGAGGAGCAGAUGGAGAAAAUCAAGGAAUCUGGUGGUAUCUUCCUCAACUUCUUCCGCUAUCUUUCGGCUUGGGUUGGAUUCUUGCGUGUGGAGGUGAAGCUCUCUGUUUAUGAGAGCGUGUUGAGCUUGAAGAGUCGAUUUGGUUUGCAAUCCGCUUGA